UAAAAGCCCGUUGACGUAGGCUAGCUAGCGUUAGCUGACAGCCAGGUUCAGUCAUUGUGGAAGGAUGGAGGUGACACGCAAAAAUUUUAAAGACUGCUUAAACUCUGUUUACACCGCCAUAGAAGAGGCUGACUUCCUUGCAAUCGAUGGAGAAUUUUCAGGGAUAAGCGAUGGCCCUAAUGUCAGUGCUCUCACCAAUGGGCUGGACACGCCGGAGGAGAGAUACACCAAGCUGAAGAAGCAUUCCAUGGACUUCCUGCUGUUCCAGUUUGGAUUAUGUACGUUCAAGUAUGACCAGUCAGAGUCAAGGUACAUCACAAAGACUUUUAAUUUUUACAUAUUCCCGAAACCAUUCAACAGGACGUCCCCCGACUUAAAGUUCAUCUGUCAAAGUUCCAGUAUUGACUUCCUGGCCAGUCAGGGAUUUGACUUCAACAAGGUGUUCUGUGACGGAAUCCCAUACCUGAACCAAGAUGAAGAAGCCCAGCUGAGGGAGCAGUCGGAGGACAGAAGGAACCAACAUGCCAACGGUGUAGGGACACCAUCCUUCAUCUCCCCAUCCUCCAAAGGUCCUGCACACGUACCCGAGGAACACAAAGACUACAUCAACAAAGUGAUAGAAAAGGUUGAGGCCCUCUUCACGAACGCAGGAAAGACUUUGGACUUGGAUCCAUGCACUGGGUUUCAGAGAAAGCUGAUAUACCAGACACUGAAUUGGAAGUUUCCCAAGGGGCUUCAUGUGGAAACUGUGGAAACAGAAAAGAAGGAGCGAUUCAUCCAGAUCAGUAAAGUGGAUGACGAGGAGAGGAAGAGGAGGGAACAGCAGAAACUGGAGAGAGAGCAGGAGGAACUAAAUGAUGCAGUAGGCUUCUCCAGGGUCAUCCACGCUAUUUCUAAAUCCGCUAAACUCGUGGUCGGCCACAACAUGCUGUUAGAUGUGAUGCACACCAUCCACCAGUUCUACUGCCCUCUGCCAGAGGAUCUUCAAGACUUUAAAGAGGUCACAAUGUGUGUUUUCCCAAGACUUCUGGAUACAAAGUUGAUGGCGUCCACUCAGCCAUUUAAGGAGCUGAUCACGAACACUUCUCUGGCAGAGUUGGAGAAACAAGUGAAGGAGACGCCCUUCAAGUCACCACGAGUCGAGGCGGCAGAAGGCUUCCCCAGUUACAACACAGCCAAGGAACAGCUCCACGAGGCGGGAUACGACGCCUACAUCACAGGCCUCUGUUUCAUCUCCAUGGCCAACUACCUGGGCACGUUCUUGACUCCACCCAAACCCUACAUCUCAGCUCGCUCCAAACUAAUUGAGCCGUUCUUCAACAAGCUUUUCCUGAUGAGAAUAAUAGAUAUUCCCUACCUCAACAUCACAGGACCAGAUUUGCAACCUAAAAGAGACCAUGUCCUGUAUGUCACCUUCCCAAAAGAGUGGAAGACCAGUGACCUCUACCAGCUCUUUAGUGCCUUUGGGAACAUCCAGGUUUCAUGGAUGGACGACACAUCAGCCUUUGUGUCCCUCAGUCAAACAGACCAGGUGCAGAUAGCUAUGAACACCAGCCGCUAUGCAGAAAGCUACAGGAUCCAGACGUAUGCGGAGUACAUCCAGGGUAAGCAGCAGGACAAGGAGAAGCUCGGCCAGCCAGCCAAAAGCUGGGGAGAGGACGGCUGGGUGAAGUCUCACUACAACUCCUCUACGUCUGGCUUCGGAUAUCCCAGAGGUUUGAGGAAACGCAGCAUCAGCCCCGUUCAGACAGACCCGGGGACCGGAGAUGCUAUGAUUGUAGACGGUUGGAAUAACUACUCGUACGCGGAUAGCACAUGCAGCAAGAAGAUGAAAACCGACGAUAUUGUCGAGAGCAAGACCUCAGAAGGAUGGCUGAAGACAACAGAUUCAUCAGAUUCAGCAGGGUUAAGUCCAAUCCCUGAUGAUGAGGACAAAAGUCCUGAGGGCACCGAUCCAGCCGAUAAUGCUGAGGGGACGGUCACCUGGCAACAAGCCACAACAGGCCACGGGAGGAAAGGUCAAAAGAACAAGAAAAAGAAGCCAGAAGAGCCUGAAUCUACAACAUCACUGUUUGAGGUCCCAGAGGUCUGGUAGCGAGAGGCCACCGUCUCAUACUGGACUCCAGCUCAGUCUCUUCCUAAGCACUUGGUGCACUCUCUCCUUUAAGGGCGUCCAUCACUUGGAGUAGGUGCAUGCCCUAAAUUCAUUCGUUCACUCAACAGCUGUGGAUACUGUGUCCAAAGCAACCAACCGAGCAAGUUGACUGGACUAUUGAAAGAGAGAGAGAACACAAGCCAUAACGACAGCUGCCAUAUUUUGAUCUCAAACCAGAGGAGCAGGCAACUCUUCUGCGUUAAAACACACGCACACAGACACACAACUAGAUUGUUGAGGUUUAAAACUCCUGAAAUUUUCAUUUAUCCUCUGACUGUGUUCAGACUGGAAUCUGCCACCACAGCCAUGCUGUCAGUUUGGACUCAUUCAUCAAUUUUAACGACGUCGUCACCUCUAAAUCAGUCUUAUAUUUUAUGAGUGUGAGUUGUAUGAAAGUUUGUGCAUGUGAGGGAGAUGUAAACUUUCUCUUGUCUUUGUAUCCCUGUGAAUCCUUUGCAUAAAUUGUGAAAAAUACCACUUGACAGGUCCUGUAGUUUACAAAGUCAGGGUUAUUUAGUUAAAUUUCUUUCCAUUUUAAAAAAGAAAAAGUAUGCUAUGUCAGCUUCUCAAAUUUUAUCAAACAUAUAAGCUGAUCAAUGAUAAUGUAAUAUUUAUUAUUGGCAGCAUUUUGACCCUUCAUGAGAGGUGCUUGUUUUGGUUGUUUUCUGUUUUGUACAGAAUUGUUUUUCUUUACCUUGUUUUUCGGUUAAAUGUUUUGUAACUGUGUCGACCUGCAACAAUGUCAGUGUGUUCUAAUGCAAAAGGUGUAAACGUAAAAUGACGUAUACAUUUUUGUAUAAGGUAAAGUUUAAAAAUCCUUAAAUAUUUCCUUUUUGAAAGGGGAAAAAAUUAAAGAAUGUUUC